AUGGCGUCAACACCGCCGCCUCCAUCGCCGUCUGCACUUCGGGUACCGCGAGCGCCGCGUCACGGACCGAAACAUGACAACUAUGAACCCUACGCUACGCGUUAUUCAGCGAGACUUGCAAGCCAGCGCGCCUCAAGAGCUGAUAAAAUCACGCCACCUCCAAAUCACCCAAGCACAUCUGCGAAAACAGGAACCUCUAAAAGAACCCUUUCACCUUCUUCACCUGAUGCUGCCAUACCCUCGCCUAAAAAGACAACCCGGUCACACACAAUUGCUGCCUCUCGCAUCUCUCAUCCCGAAUUGGAGCAUGCACUUCCCCGCUCUCCUCAACACACCUCCCGAUCCUCUGCAGAACGGGCUUUGCCUACACCUGCCAAAACGCCUUCGAAGAAAAAGGUAGCCACUUCUGCUUCUUCCACAUCUCGUUCCUUAUUUCCACCAACCUCCACCCCCAAGCGCCGAAAAAUGGACGCCACAAACCAUUCCAUCACACCCUUGGACAUCUUCAGUGAUGAGUCUGUUCAAGCUGCGACGCAGGGAUCGAUUCCCAUUCACGAAGACUCACGUGAUCGCAUUCCGGGUCCUCCUGGCCUUGUGAACGACAUAUUCAUUGGCAGGGCUAGGCCUGUCCGGCGACCUGCUACUCGCUCAGCCGCCGGCAACUCCCGUGAUGACGGAGCCUGGUUUGUUCACCGUGGCAAGAAAAUCUUCAAGCGCUUUGAUGACACGGAAGACCAGGAUGAUGAUGAAGAUGACCUUGGGCUUUUCGCCAGUCGCCCUGACCUGUUGGCUAGAAACCCUGAUAUCCUGAAAAGCGUGAAGCCGCUGAAACGUGCGGAUGUCAAACCCCGGGUCCUAUUCCCUGCCGCAGGCGACACUGCACAUGAAGAGGAGGAUGUCACCGAUGUUGAGGACUGCGAACCAAUGUCUCCCACUCCGGCUUCCUUCCCCAGCACCGUACACUCUGCUCCAGAGUUAGAGUCCAGUCUCCAAUUCGGAGCUAGUCCUUUCACGACCACCCGCGACUUUUCACCAGCGUCUGCCACGAACGUCCCUGCAAUCAAUCUUCAGGAACCCGAAGGUGGGCCCCUCAUCCCUGCAUCGGGUGAGGAGCCGGGGCCUCAAGCCGAGGCUCUGGGCCAGACUUCCUUCCGGGACAGCCCCGGAAGCAGCCUCCUCAAGUACUGGCCGGUCAGCACGAAGAGAAGAGACGUUCAGGCCCGCGCCGACCGUGCGAAGCGCCCCCUUGAGGCCCCCAGCACCCCUGUCCCACGGACCCGUAAGGCCCACGCUGCAGCUGCGGCCGAGGCUGCGGCCUCCCAUGCCCCCGCCCCGGGAGCAUCCACGUCGGAUGCGUAA